GUACGUGUGGGAUGAACUGCAGAGAGCCCCUUGGUCGUCAUAACAGAUGAAUGACAGUUACCGCUGCCGGUUGCCUUAAGAUUGCUAAAGCCGCUGGCGAUGGAGUGGAUUUUUUGUUCGUUUGUACUUUUCGUGGUCGCGCUCACCGCGCUGCUAAUAAAAGUGCGAAUCCAGAAGGCUCUGAAGGAUACGCGACCCCCAAGCCUUCCCUCGUUCCCCAUCAUUGGGAGUAUUCUUAGUUUGAGAAGCGAGCACCCGCCGCACGUGCUGUUUCAGGAGCUGCAGAAGAAGUACGGUGAAACGUAUUCGCUAAGGAUGGGCUCCCACGACGUGAUCAUCGUCAACAGCCACCAACAUGCGAAGGAAGUGCUCCUGAAAAGAGGCAAAACCUUUGCAGGGAGACCGAGAACCGUCACGACAGACAUUCUGACGAGGGAUGGGAAGGAUAUUGCAUUCGCAGAUUACAGUGCCACAUGGAGGUUCCACAGAAAAAUGGUGCAUGGAGCUCUGUGUAUGUUCGGAGAGGGGUCAGCAUCCAUCGAACAGAUAAUCUGCAGGGAGGCCAGCUCCAUGUGUCAGGCCCUAGUGGAGCUGCAGAGUACUGCGGUCGACCUGGCUCCAGAGCUGACCCGCGCUGUCACCAACGUGAUCUGCGCACUCUGCUUCAGCUCCUCCUACCAGCGCGGGGACUGCGAGUUUGAAGCCAUGCUGCAGUACAGCCAGGGCAUAGUGGACACCGUGGCCAAGGACAGCCUGGUGGACAUCUUCCCCUGGCUGCAGAUAUUCCCCAACAAAGAUCUAAAAAUCCUGAAGCAGUGUGUGACUGUUCGAGACAGCCUGCUGCAGAAAAAGUAUGACGAGCACAAGGCAGAGUACAGCGAUGACACGCAGCGGGACCUGCUGGACGCGCUGAUCAGAGCCAAGCGCAGCGCGGAGAACAACAACACCAGCGCGACGCCGAGCCUGGGCCUGACCGACGACCACCUGCUGAUGACCGUGGGGGACAUCUUCGGGGCCGGCGUGGAGACCACCACCACCGUGCUCAAAUGGGCCGUCGCCCUGCUCAUCCACCACCCCCAGGUGCAGAAGAAGAUCCAGGAAGAGCUGGACAGUAAAAUCGGGAUGAACAGACACCCAAAAUUAAGCGACAGAGGCAACCUGCCGUAUCUUGAGGCCACCAUCAGGGAGGUGCUGAGAAUCCGGCCGGUGUCGCCCCUCCUCAUACCCCACGUGGCCCUCGCUGACUCCAGCAUUGGGGAGUACACAGUUGGAAAAGGGGCCAGAGUCAUCAUUAAUCUAUGGUCCCUGCAUCAUGACGAGAAAGAGUGGAAGAACCCGGAGAUCUUUGAUCCCACCCGCUUUCUGGACGAGGAGGGCAGCAACCUGUGCUGUCCCUCGGAGAGUUACCUACCGUUCGGGGCUGGAAUCAGGGUGUGUCUCGGGGAGUCCCUGGCGAAGAUGGAGCUGUUCCUCUUCCUCGCCUGGAUCCUGCAGCGCUUCACAUUGGAGGUUCCCCCGGGCCAGACCCUGCCGGACCUGGAGGGCAAAUUUGGGGUGGUCCUGCAGCCGCAGAAGUACAAAGUCUGCGCACAGCUCAGGCCAUGCUGGGCAGAGAACCAAACUGAUGGCUAACUCCACAACAAGCAGGGCCAAAGAGUCCAACCCACUUAUGACAUCACAAUAGGUUGGGCCAUAUAAAACCCAAUCUGUUGCUGACAUCACAACCCACUGCUUACAUCACAAUAAGUUGGGCAAUGUAAAACCCAACCUGCAGCUGACAUCACACAGGGCAGGGCCAAAGAACCCAAUCCUCUGCUUACAUCACAAUGGGUUGGGUCAAAAAGACCCAACCUACUGCUAACUAUCCUGGGCAUGUAAGUGGGCAGUCAUGCCACAGGGCUACAAUACCAGCCAUUGUAGCAAUAAUAUGUAUAUACAUAUAUAUCAUUUUUGUCUUCUUUGGACAGAACAGGGAUGUUGUUCUUGCACUAAGAACAUAUCCCUGUUGGAAUUUUUCACAAAGUAUGAUGUAAUUUUUAAAAUUCUUUUUAUAAUUUUCAAAUGAUAAACAGAUGGGAGAUGGUUUUGCUCCAGGAGAAUAGAAGAAAAGAUCUGUGACAUUCAGUUCAAUGCCUUUUUUUAUUUAUCUUGCAGUUAUUAAUUUGUCAUUCAGUUGACACAGGAGCUGUGUUCAAGGAUCACUAAUGAAACAUACUUUGGAAAAGA